AAAAAAAAAGUUUCCGCGAGAAAAUUUUGCAUUCGCAACAUCGAACGGGUUGUGCAGUUUCCAUUUUUACCUUGCAAUCGGCAACGAAAACCCACCCGAAGCCAAAACGGAAUCCUCAGGGCCACUUCUCCGUCGGAGCAGCAGCAGCAGUAGCAGUUCUGCCACCGACUACCGGAUGGAACCGCCAGCAUUUCAUCCCUGCGACGAGGCCGUCAUUUCCACCAAUGACGAUGCCAGCAAUUGCAAAAGAUCCGCAGUAAAGCUGGGCUACUGGAAGGAUGACUAUAUCGGGUACUUUGUGCGUAGCCCGGAUCGGAAGGCACCGGAAAUCAACCGGGGUUACUUUGCCCGGGUCAAGGGGAUCGAGAUGUGCAUCGAAAAGUUUUUCAAGAAAACUGGAGACAAGUGCCAAAUUAUCAACCUUGGGUGCGGUUUUGAUACUUUGUAUUGGAGGCUUCGUGAGUCCGGUCAUAUGAUUAGCAAUUUCGUGGAGCUUGAUUUCCCAACAGUGACCGCUCGGAAGUGUUACCAAAUCAAAAGGAACAAAAGUUUGCUUGAGAAAAUUCACGUUGAAGACGGAGAAGUUCGACUGAGUCCUACGGAUCUGCACUCAACCAACUACCACAUCGUGGGCGUGGAUCUGCGGAACAUCGACGAAGUCGCUCUAAAGCUGCAGCAGUCCGAGGUGGACUUCAGCAUCCCCACAAUCUUUCUGGCCGAAUGUGUGCUGGUCUACAUCGAAACGCAAAACAGUAACAACCUGCUCAAGUGGUUCGCCUCCAACUUCCAGUCGGCCGUUUUCGUUAACUAUGAGCAGGUCAAUAUGAACGAUCGAUUCGGAGACGUGAUGCUGAACAAUUUGCGGCAACGGGGCUGCAGUUUGGCCGGAGUAGAAGCUUGCGUGUCGCUGGAGACACAAACUUCUAGGUUCUUGAACUGCAACUGGCACGGCGCCCGCGCCUGGGACAUGGUUCAGAUCUACCACAGCAUCCCUGCGGCUGAGCGAGCCCGCAUCGAACGCGUCGAAAUGCUGGACGAGGCCGAACUGUUGAUGCAACUGUUUCAGCACUACUGCAUUUCGGUGGCCUGGAUUGGCGACCUGUUUCAGGAUAUCGAAAUCACCGUCGAAAAACGACUUUCUUCGUUGAAUAUUGAUUAGGCGAAUCGCGGAACGCGCAGUGAUUGCUUGUGGCAGAUGUUGAACUUAUUUAUUUAUCCAUAUUUCAUUAAGUGAUGAAUUAGUCCAUUUUAGGUUCCUUCUAAGUUAAAAAAAAGUUUAUCAGUAUAUCGA